GGAAGAUCGACUGGCACGCGAAGCGAAGAAAAGAGGACAAGCAAGACACCAGGUACCCUCAGGAGCAGACCCCAACGCAACAAUCACAGGCGUAAACGCCACUACAGCCGCUACUACAGUGGGAAGUGAUGGCCCCAGUGACGACCCUAUAGCCGCGUCAAAAGACUUUAUGACGCGAUUACAAGAGGCUAG